CCACAUGCGACUACUGCUUUACUAUCUCUGCUUCACUGUACACUAGUGACAAAUAAUUUUUUAAAACAAAAUUAAAAUAAAAAAAAAAGGGCAAAAGGCAAAGACAGAAGGAGAGUAGAAAAGGAUGCUAACGAAGGAAUCGAGUGGUUCGGCGUUCGAUCUUCCCGAGGAGGUAUUGCGAGUUCUACCGUCCGAUCCUUUUGAACAGCUCGAUGUGGCCCGCAAAAUCACUUCCAUCGCUAUCGCCACACGUGUCUCCUCCCUUGAAUCUGAGUCUUCCGCUCUACGCGCUCAGCUCGCCGAGAAAGAUGACCUCAUCGCCGACCUCCAAUCUCAGAUUCGGUCCUUUGAUAUCUCCCUUUCCGAUGCCGCUGAUAAACUCGCCCUCUCUGGUCUCGAAAAGGAGAAUUUGUUGAAGGAGAACGCUUCAUUAUCCAACACUGUGAAGAAGCUGCAGAGAGAUGUUUCCAAGUUGGAGGUGUUCAGGAAGACACUCAUGCAAUCACUUCAAGAGGAUGAAGAAAAUUCUUCAGGAGCUUUGCAUAUCAUUGCCAAGCCAACACCAAACGAAGAUGAUGCCACCUUGCCACCUUCAAGAUCAUCUUCUAUGCGGAGCCAUUACACUGAAAUGGGAAACUCAUUUGCAGAGGAUCGUGGAACAGAUGUGUCAAGAACUGGCAUAUCACACAGUAUUCUGCUAGCAUCCCAAACAAGCACUCCCCGAUUUACUCCUCCAGGUUCUCCUCCUAGUUUUUCAGCUUCAGUGUCUCCAACAAGAACUUCUAAACCAGUGUCCCCAAGACGGCAUUCAAUGUCAUUUUCUACCUCAAGGGGGAUGCCUGAUGAUAGGUCUUCGAUAUUUUCUUCUCAGCCAUCAGGCCAACAUGGUUCAGCGUCAAGCUCUGACACAGGGUCACAGACAGGACGAACUCGUGUGGAUGGGAAAGAAUUCUUCCGCCAAGUCAGGGUCCGGUUGUCUUACGAACAGUUUGGUGCCUUUCUGGCAAAUGUUAAGGAAUUGAAUUCCCACAAGCAAACAAAAGAAGAGACUCUGAGGAAGGCUGAUGAAAUUUUUGGCCCUGAUAAUAAGGACCUUUACGCAAUAUUUGAGGGAUUGAUUAUUCGUAAGUAAUGUUCACUGAAGCUGCUUAUGUGUCACUGGAUCAAAUGUUUGUACUUCUUGAUAUUAUCACUUUGCAAUUUUUUUUUGGUUGUAAAUUAAUAUCAAGUGUAAUGACACUUCCGUGAUACUUUCGUCAUUUGUUAACAUUUAACAAUGGUCACUGAAAGAACUUGUGACUUGUCAAGAAUUUUUGAAGUGGACAAGGAGAAUGUCAUCAGGAAUGUUGCUUUCGACGAAA